GGUGUGGGGUGGGGAGCACUAGGGGACCCCCCCGGUCCCCCCCAGCCCCACCGCCCGCUGGGUUCACACCGCAGCCCGUGGGGGCACCGGGACGUGUUUGCACGGGGACCCGUCACGUUUGCACGGGGACAGGUGACAUUGGCGCGUUGGCACCACGGUUGGGUUUGCACGGGGAGCAGCGGCGUUUGCACCAGGGUCGGGUUCGCCCCAAGGAUGGGUUUGCGUGGGGACCCGUCACGUUUGCGACCGGCGUUGGGUUUGCACCAGGGUCGGGUUCGCCCCAAGGAUGGGUUUGCACGGGGCCGGGUCGUGUUUACACCAGAUGGGGUUUGCACCACCAGCGCUGUGGCUGCACCGGGGUGGUGUUUGCACAGCGAUGGGGCCGCUUUGCACCAGGGGACAGGUGACACUGUCGCAUUUGCACAGUCGUGUUUGCACCAGGGUGGCGUUUGCACCAGAGUUGUGUUUGCACCAGGGUUGUGGCUGCACUGAGCAACCCUUUGCACCACGGUUGGGUUUGCACCAGGGUCGGGUUUGCACAGGAUUGGGGCUGAUUUGCACCAGGGUCGGGUUUGCACCAGGGUCGAUCACGUUUGUGCCCAGUUGUGUUCGCACGGGGUUGGGGCCGCUUUGCACCAGGGUUGUACUUGCACGAGGCUCUCACCCCACCGGGGUGUGUUUGCCCCGGGGGAGUGUGUGUGUGUGUCCCAUUUACCUCACGGGUGCAUUUGGCCUUUGGGUAUAUUUGCCCGAGAGGGGUCCCCUUUGCCCCCCGUUGUCCCCCUUUGUCCCCCUUUGUCCCCCUUUGUGCCGCCCCCCCCGGCGCUGUCCGUGGUGCUGCCCGCGCGGCGCCGCCUCCCGCCCGCAGAGGGCGCCCUGCGGGGCAGGGGGGGAGCUGGGGGUGCGAUGAGUUUGGGGGGGUCUCAGCAGCCGCCCCCAACCCCACCCCCAAUCCUCUUCUCUCCCCAAUCGGUGAGCUGCUCCCCCCUCCAGCUCCCGGCAGCGAGAAAGGCGGCUCUUGGCGUGCUGCCAUCAGUAGGCUUCAGGGGUAACGCCGCUGCCCGAGUGCUGGGCGUCAAGGCAAGGAGCUGGGGGGGAGUUCUCCUCUCCCCCCCAGGGAGCGCCAUGGACCCCCCUGGACCUCCCCGAGCCACCUAGACGUGUCCCCAACUGCCACCACCACCCCUUUGACCACCCCACUCCAAGGGCAGCAGGAUGGCCCAGCAGCGCCACGGCGUCCCCCCGCCGCUCAAGACGGAGGAGGACUACAUCCCCUACCCCAGCGUGCACGAGGUGCUGGGCCGGGAGGGGCCGUUCCCCCUCAUCCUCCUGCCGCAGUUUGGGGGGUACUGGAUUGAGGGCACCAACCACCAGCUGAGCGAGGCGCCCGAGUCUCCCCCCACCCCAGCACCCAGCAUCCGGGCAAAGCUAGAGGGCAACCACACGGCCAAGAUCUACCGCAAGCACUUCUUGGGCAAGGAGCACUUCAACUAUUACUCCUUGGACCCGGCGCUGGGCCACCUGGUCUUCUCCCUCAAGUAUGACGAGCAGGAGCAUCUCCACCUGCUGCUGCGCACCCGCGCCCGCACCCUGCAUGACGUGGUGCCCAUCUCCUGCCUGGCCGAGUUCCCUAACGUGGUUCAGAUGGCCAAGCUGGUGUGCGAGGACGUCAACGUGGAUCGCUUCUACCCCGUGCUCUACCCCAAGGCGUCCCGCCUCAUCCUCGCCUUCGAUGAGCACGUACUCAGCAACCACUUCAAAUUUGGGGUCAUCUACCAAAAACUGGGGCAGACCUCCGAGGAGGAGCUCUUCGGCACCACGGAGGAGAGCCCGGCGUUCACCGAAUUCCUCGACGUCCUGGGCCAGCGGGUGCAGCUGCGGGAUUUCAAGGGGUUCCGGGGAGGGCUGGAUGUGACCCACGGGCAGACGGGCAGCGAGUCGGUCUACUGCAACUUCCGCGACAAGGAGAUCAUGUUCCACGUCUCCACCAAGCUGCCCUACACCGAGGGGGACGCCCAGCAGCUGCAGCGGAAGCGUCACAUCGGCAACGACAUCGUGGCCAUCGUCUUCCAGGAUGAGAACACCCCCUUCGUCCCCGACAUGAUCGCCUCCAACUUCCUCCACGCCUUCGUGGUGGUGCAGCUGGAGCAGGGGGGCUCCCAGGGGACCCUCUACAAGGUUUCCGUCACCGCGCGUGACGAUGUGCCCUUCUUUGGGCCACCGCUGCCGGACCCUGCUGUCUUCAGGAAGGGCCCCGAGUUCCAGGAGUUCCUGCUGACGAAGCUCAUCAACGCCGAGUACGCCUGCUACAAGGCCGAGAAGUUCGCCAAGCUGGAGGAGCGAACGCGAGCGGCGCUGCUGGAGACGCUGCACGAGGAGCUGCAGGCGCGCAGCCAGGCCAUGCUGGGGCUCGGCCCCGACGAGGAGCGCCCCGACAACGGCGCAGCCCCCGGCUUCUUCGAGUCCUUCAAGUCGCUGCUGGUGCCCGGGAGCCGCCGGGGACGCCGCGGCAGCGCCAUCGGGCUGGGCUCGGUGGAAGAGGCGCUGCUGGUGCCCGGGAAGAGCCCUUCGCGGCGGCGGCCCGGCCCGCUCGGCUCCCGCCGCUCCAGCGCCAUCGGGAUCGAGAGCAUCCAGGAGGCGCCGGGCGGCAGGGACGGCCCCGCCGCCGCCCCCGAGGGCGCCUGCUCCGCGCACAGCUCGCCCGAGAGCCGCCGGCACCGCGACAGGCCUGAGAAGCCGGAGGCGCCCGAUUUCUCCCGCUCCUCGUCCAGCGCCAGCAGCUUCGGCAGCGCCACGGAGGAGCCCAGCGAGCCGGGACGGGAGAGCCGCUCGCCCUCGGGGACCCACCGCGACGCCUUCCCUGACACCCCCUGGCCGGAUGACCCCCCCGGGACCCCCCCAGGCCGCCGCCCCCCUGACCCCCCCUGCCCUGAGAUCAAAAUCCAGCUGGAGCGACCCCCCCCGAAUCCGGUGAGGCUCUGCCGCCCCCCUCCCAGUGCACCCCAGUUUGGGGGCACCCAUACUGGGGGGCACCCACUGAUGUCCCUCCGCACAGGGCUCGUAGUCCCCCCGUCACCCCGGGGGGGUCAUCGCCAGCCCCCCCCUCUUCGUGCCACCCCUGUGCCAGGAGCUGAAGCCAUCAUCCCCGGGGCAGGAUUUGGGGGGACCCCCCCAAAAAAUCGGGGGGUGUUCCCCCCUCCAGACAAUCUCUGUCACCCCAAAUACCCCUGGGGGGGGUGACGCACCGCACAGGGCCCCCCCCCUCCCCUGAGACCCCAACACUGCGUGGGGGCCCCCCCAAAAUGAAAAGCAGCUCCAACCUCAGCAUCACCCCCCCAAAAAAAAAGAGAGGGGUUUAAAUCCAGGGCAAACCCAAAGCGGGGCUCCCUCUUUCCCUCCCCCCUUUAUUUCAAGGGAAAAAAAGCUCUGGAAUGGGUUGGAUGCUGGAAUUUGGGAGGAGGGGGGAACAUUUUUUCAAGGCCCCCCAAACCGUGUUUGUGUUUCCCAUGAAUCCUGUAUAAAAUAAAGGUUUAUUUAUCGCUACAGACGGGGGGCGUGGGGGGGGCCCCGAUAUCUGGGGGGUUCCCCCAAACCCCCAAGCAUCCACGAGUGUCUUAAAACCACCCCAAAUCCACCUAUUUGGGGGUCACUUACCCAAAUUUGAGGCUUUUUGAUACCUCCAAGCUGGAAGGGAAAAAGCUCCAGAAUGGGUUGGAUGCUGGAAUUUGAGGGGGGGUGGGGGGAAACAUUUUUUUCCAGCCCCCCCCAAACCGUGUUUGCAUUUCCCAUGAAUCCUGUAUAAAAUAAAAGUUUAUUUAUUGCUAC